AUGGUCAAUGCUUAUUGCUGUCAAAAUGAACAAGAUUUAAAUAUAUUAAAACUAUCGGAUCAAUUUGAUUUUAUUUCAUUUGGUCUAUUAAUAAUUGAUAGAAAAAAAUUUGAUCAAGCUCAAAUAUAUUAUAAUUAUUUAAUUCCUCAAAUGCCUGAUGAUAAUGCUGAUAUUACUAUAUGUUAUGACGCACUUGGAUAUAUUCUAUCAGAAACACAUCAAUAUAGUUCAAGUUUACAAUGGUAUGAAAAAUCACUUGUAAUUAAAAAGAAAUUAUUUGAUCCCAAUGAUCUACAUAUAGUAUCUAGGCAUAAUUCAAUUGCUUCACUGCUUCUUACUAAUAAUGAUUAUAAUCGAGCAUUAGAAUCUUAUGAAAAAGCAUUUCAAAUUCUUCAACGAAAAUAUGGCGAUGAUCAUCCACGUCUAGCAGAAUACUAUAAUAAUAUGGCAAUGGUUCGUAAAAAUCAACAACAAUAUCGAGAAGCUCUUAAUUUAUAUAAUAAAGCAUUAUCUAUUUAUGAAAAAACAUAA